UGUCCAUGGAACACGCCUCUUUCGGGAUCAAUAUGUCUUUUUAGUUUAUAUCCUUCGGAAACAGCAACGAAAAACACAAAAUUGCAAUGGCUUCUGUGUCCAAAGCCGCGUUGGGUAUUGCUGCUGGAGUUUGUGGGACACUGGUUUUGGGAUACUGUCUAUAUUUCGACAAACAGAGAAGGAGUGAUCCCAAUUUCAAAAAGAAGUUGCGUGAACGUCGCAAAGCUAAGAAAGACGCCAAUAAACGCACAGGGUCCAAGCUUCCCAACCUUAAAGACCACGAAGCUGUUCAAAAGUUCUUCCUUCAGGAGAUUCAACUUGGCGAGCUGCUGCUAGCUAAUGGUGACUUAGAAGAAGGAGUAGAACAUUUGGGCAAUGCAGUAUCAGUAUGUGGUCAACCUCAGCAGCUUUUGUCAGUCUUGCAACAAACUUUACCUCCUCAAGUUUUCCAUCUGCUUGUCCAAAGACUUCCAGCAUUUGGCCAGCGAAUAAUGAGUCAAGAAAUGGGGAAAGGGAUAGAAGAUGAAGAUGUUGAAUAAAUUCCUUUUGUAGAUUUGAGAAAAGUAGUUUUUCAAGUUCCUUAUUUCAUUUGGUGAAAGGGCAAAUGUAAAAGCACAGAUUAGAAACAAUGCUGGCAUUCUGAAGUUAAGACAUGGCUCUGAAAUUGAACUUUGCCCCAAAUAACAUUGACAAAUACUAAUGUGUUCUUUAUGUUGUUACUGUAUUUCUAUAUAAUUGUUAUCAGUGUUUUUAAGAACUGCCACUAAAUCUUGAUUCUACUCCCACAUUCAUUUGUCCUUGCACCCUUAGUUACCCCCAGGCUACACUUUGUGACAGUUACUUCCCUUAGAAUAAACAUAAUUUUUCAUAUA